AUGGUCGAGCUGACCUUGGACGGCGCGUUGUUUGACAGCGCUGCCGUGUGGUCGGCGUUCUGGUCCGUGGACGCGGAAACUCACGGACGCGCCAUUGAGCGGGCCGAUGUUCGACAUGCCACGGUGGGGUUGUUCGGGUGUAUUCGUGGUGGCGUAUGGAACGCGGUGGAGCGGUUGGAUGUGGUGCGCCAGCCGGAUAUCUCGUGGCGGUGUCGCGACCUGGACCUGGCCGUGGGGUUGCACACGAUGGUCUAA